AUGGAGCCGGCUCUGCGUCGAGCGGCUCACAGCCUGUGUGGGCGUUGCUCAGCAUCUUUGCGGAGGCAAACAGCUGUGCGAGGCGCAUUGAAGCCGUGGGCGCAAGUGUCAAUCCGGAGCGUGCACUCGUGCAAGUCGCAAGACGCCAAACGUACGAUUGCGGGAUCCAAGUUGACAACUGCGCGGGAGUUUACAUCCAGCGCCAACGCAGCUUCUGAGGCCUCUGCUGCUGGAAAGUCGCCGGUAUCUACACUUCGAUUGAACUCCGAUGACCUUUUCCAUCCGUUUUCUGAAUCGCCAGUUCCCGAAUUCCGUCGCCGAGCUGCCUUUAUGAAGCAGCAUGCAUACUGCCCUCACCCAGACCACAAGCAUGCCCGAGUUCCCCUCGACGCUUCGGCGGUUGAUGAUGCUGCUCCGGCUACUGGUGGCGAUAUGCCGCCUGCGAACGUGGAUUUCGAGUGCCCCGACUGCGGCAUUGCGGUAUACUGCAGCAAAGAGCACUGGAUGGAUGAUUAUGAGAACCAUCUGAAGAUCUGCGAUACUCUCCGCCAAAUCAACGAAGACGAUCACGAUCUGCGAUCCGGAAGAGUGUUCCACGAAGGCAACCUCCCCGAUCUUCAGAUGGAGAAUGCUGCGGUCAACAUGACAAAUUGGGACACUUUCAUGUACACUCGAGAAUUUGAGGCGGUUGACUCGGACCGCUCGAUGAGACAAAUCACUCGACUCCUUACAUAUCCGAUUACAAUCGGCAGUGUUCUUCAUGAACUGAGCCCCUACAAUAUCCAGAAUGGAGGACGUUUAACGGUCGAGGGGUUGAAGAGCUUUAGUGCUUUGAGAUAUAACCUGCAUAUACCAAGGUCUGGCCGUGGCGCUGGCAUCAACCAGCUUCGCCCAGAACCCCCGCCAGUGAGAAUAUUUAUUCUCGGCGCUCGAGCCGAAUCAUCGCUGCCACGACCUGUAUGGGUGCAGCUGGCCCAUCUAUUCCCAGAAUCACGACUGCACCUUAUCUUUAUCGGACCGGAGAGCAUGGCCAACCGUGACGAAGAAUUCCCACUGCCAGAACGCACGCCGUCGAACCCCUUUGGCACCAUAGUUGAAGACCGAGUGUGGUACAACAUGAAGAUUAGCACCAUUGUGGAUUAUUACCACACCAUUCACAAGACGGGUCACUUUGCGCCUUACGAUCCUUACUUUGAUUGCUUCAUGCUCUUCCACCCAGGCCUUGGCCACCCUGCAAGCAGCCACGAUUGGGAAGAAACUCUGCCCUUGCUGCUGGAGACCAAGGUGCCAAUUAUCAGCACUGGAUAUACUCAGGUCGACUUGGAUCGUGAUGUUGAAUGGGUGAAGAAGAAGUCAGGAGGGGAGUUUGACAUUCUGCUGGAGCCUGGAGAGAACAAAUUCCGGAGUCUGCGAUGGGACCUUGAUGACAUGGACCCUCAGGAUAUCAGCUGUGGAAACUGGGGCGUUUGGGCGUUCCGAGGAAAGAGAGAAGAGGAAGAAAACCCAAAGAACCUCCUCUGUCCAGUUCCGUGCAGUUCCGCUGCCUUCUGUUUCUCUCCGUCAUCGCCUCUCCGCCUCUGCGUCUCCCCGCCUCUUGCGCGCAAUGAUCCUGCGACGACGCCGCUCGACUCGCCGGCCAUGAUAGCCGCCUCCGCUUCAGCUUCAGCUCCAACUCCCCCUCCUCUCGCUCACAGAGCCUCAACGAGGCCAAAACAUGCUGCUGCCUCUCCGCCCCCCGAAGCCGGCACCCCAGAUCGCCGGAGCACCCGUCCCGUGCCGAUAGACCCGCUGUCUGAUCGGGCAACGCUGAACCUCAUCCGCCGGACGCUGUGCCCGCAGCAUCUGGGAGACAAAGGCCGAGAUGCCCAGCCCGCCAUCCAGGACCUCCUGCUGCCACCGCUGACGAGCCGCAAUGAUGUCGACCUACAGCUCUACGCCUUCCUCGCUAUAAUCAUGCGGGAGUUUGUACAGAGCUGGUAUAGCAAGAUCACUGCCGACGAGACGUUUGUGCCUGAGAUUCUGCGUAUCAUUGCACACUGCACCACGGCACUGGAGCAGAGGUUUAGGAAGUUGGAUCUCGAGAUGCUACAACGAGAGAACGAGGCGACCUAUCGCCAGUUGCUGGUCCAAGGUGUUCUAGCCAUCCUGCUCCCUACUGAAGAUUUGGAGAACCCCUGCCUAACGGCCCUGGUGGAACAAAUAUUCUCGGAGUUAAUCAUUGGCAAUGUCAUCGCGGGCAAAGCAUCCCAGCCAUGGCUGCUCUACGAGGCCAUCUGUAUCGCCGCAAGGUCGUUGGGCGAACAGAAAGAUAGGACAAAGGCAAGGAUCGUGUCUGGGAAGGACGGACCACCAGACCUUGGUCAGGAUGCGGCCAAGUCUCCAAAGUGGACGGCCCAAGGGGUCUUUGUGUUGAUUAUUCACUUGGGCAUCCUCUUCUUCAACGCUCUUCGGCUCAUGGCCGGCACCUUGGCGGACUCCAUAUCGCUACCUCCCAGAACGGCGCUUCAUCUCGAUGAGGAAGCCGCAGAAGACGCUCACAGUGACAAGCAACCACCACCAUCAACGGAUACGAACCUCGGGGCCAAAGUACCUGUACUUAGCUUCAAGCUCUGGGCGUGUUUUGGGAAUCUGAUUGAGCUGGAGGAGAGGAAACCCUGGCUGGGUGGCUUCAUAUCAUUGUUACAGACUGCCGCCAUUGAUGGGCCAUGGCGUAUUGCGGGGCUUAAUGGUCCUCUCGACAGACUCCUCUCGCACCAUAUUCAAUCUCUCUUCGAUUCGUCUCAUCUACCACCCAUCCUUCGGUCGCUCCGAGGCGCCCUGUUUCCUAACAACAGCCCCGGCACGUCCACUCUUGUGGCUCCCCAGUCGGAGAGGGAGCUGCUCGCUCUGCGCCGUAGGGCCGCCAGCGCUAUCUCGGACUUGCUCCCUGCAAGCGUGACCCGCGUGUACUUUGGCCGUCGGCAUUGGCGCCUGGGCGGGCUGUUUGGCCCUGGCGAUGAUGCGGGAUCGCCUUCUGCCGCGAUCGACGAGGAGGACCACGAGAGGAUCUUGGAUGAGCUCGAGAGUCUCCUCGACGUCGUUGGGGACGAGUACUGCAACAAACACUUGAUGUAUAGCGCCUUGGAACUGGUUCUUGUGAGGCUGAUGCCAGAGCUAAGCGACAAGGGCGUUGUGGAGCUACGGCAAGACAGACUUGGUUAA